GUCUGUAAGACGGAAGUCGCUGAUAGAGAGCUGCUAGAGUCCUUGCCGGUUACUCACUCAGGGACAUAGGUUAUCGGCCCCUGACAUGGCAAGGCCUAGGAUACAAGAAGAGAGCGAUGCCGCGGCGGAGAAACCGAGAGAGGACUUUAUCCAGGAGAAAGCGCAUUCGGAAGGCGGUUCAGCCCGGGCAUCUCUCCUGAUUUUACUAUGUAUAUUCAUGUCUGCGGCCUCCGUUAUGGUCUUGGUGUACAAAUAUUUCCCACAGCUUAGUGAUGAAGAACUAGAGAAGAUAAAAAUCCCUCGCGACAUGGAUGAUGCUAAGGCAUUAGGGAAAGUCCUUUCCAAAUACAAGGACACUUUUUAUAUGGAAGUUUUAGUGGCUUAUUUUGCCACCUAUGUUUUCUUGCAAACAUUUGCUAUCCCAGGAUCGAUCUUCCUUAGCAUCCUUUCUGGAUUCCUCUAUCCAUUCCCUCUGGCGUUAUUUCUGGUUUGUUUGUGCUCAGGACUCGGGGCUUCUUUUUGUUAUAUGCUUUCCUAUCUAGUUGGACGACCCGUUGUGUACAGAUACCUCACAGAGAAAGCUGUAAAGUGGUCUCAACAGGUUGACCGACACAGGGAUCAUCUGAUUAAUUACAUAAUAUUCCUGAGAAUAACACCAUUUCUUCCAAACUGGUUCAUUAACAUCACGUCUCCAGUGAUAAAUGUCCCACUCAAAAUUUUCUUCUUGGGAACAUUUCUAGGUGUGGCACCUCCAUCGUUUAUAGCUAUCAAAGCAGGAACCACAUUGUACCAGCUCACCACUGCCGGAGAGGCCGUGUCUUGGAACUCUGUAAUUAUCCUUAUGGUUCUUGCAGUUCUUUCCAUCCUUCCGGCUAUUUUCCAGAAGAAACUCAAGAAGAAAUUUGAAUGAGUGACAGUAUCCUUAUCCCUUCAUCUCAGGACUUCAUUCAAAACAUUGUUGCCUACCAUAUUGCAGGUUUUCUAGAACUCCAAGAACUUAAACAAAACUUUUUUUGGCAAAUUAUAAGACUGCAAUUUUUGGCUUGAUUAAAUAAGUUUUUAUUUAUUUUUUAAUCGUCCCAUGUAUCAUCUUUUAUUGAGGCGUCCAGUUCAUCAAUCCAGAGUUGGAACUACUUGCUCCCAAUAGUGACUGUGGUGUUCUUAGGAAGAUCAUUUGAAAAUUGAUCUUCAUUCCUUGUCUUAUUAAUUGAAAGUAAUAAUGAAACAUUUCGUCUUCAUUAAUUACAACUUUGCGUCAGGAACAUCAUGAACCGAUGAGACGUUUUAUGAAAUAAGGGUCUUGCUGUCACUACAGAUGUUUAGUUUGUCCUUUGCCUGGAAUAUAAACAUGAUUAUUUAGUACCUCAUUUUAAAGUGGUAUGAUCCCAAAUACAGUACUGUCUUAUGUAUACUGUAUGUGUAAUACAUAGUUGUGACUGCGCAACCCAGGCAAAGUAUAUUAUAUUGACAGAAAGUAAUUGUUGCACUGAUGGCCUUUUGGCAGCAAAACACGGAGAUGUUUAAAGCAUUAUUUAUUUUCCUUUUAAUAAAAAAGCUCUGUAACUAGACCAAGCAAAUAGGGUUGGUUCAGAGCCAAUACAACAAAACUGGGAUUUGGCUUCUUUAUCAGAACACCUAUGUUAUUUAUUUUUAGACAUAUACUUAUCAGUUAUUUUGUUAAAUGUGUAAAUGAAUCCUUUAUAUAAAUGUAAAGGUUUUGUCAUUUUUCCAUUGUAUUGUGGGUUUUCAUUAAUGACAGUGUUCUACCAAGGAGCAGUGUACAACCUCUCAUUUAUUUCUUUUUCAUGAAAAUAUGGCUUUUUGUGCAAAUACAUAUGUUUUUUUGUUUUUUUUUGUAAAUCUUUUAAAAUAUUAAUGAGUAAAAAAAAAAUCAGUAUUUUCUUGAUCCUUGAAUAAUUACCCUAUAUAUAGCAGCACUUUAUAAAAUAGUAUCGGUAAGAACAAAAAACUUUUUUUUAUAACUUGGAUUAGGAAUCUGGUUACAAAUUGACCUAUUAAAAAACAUAUUUAUUAAAAUAA